AUGAAAAAUCUGAAAAACCAUGCUUAUGUUUAUGGCAUGAUCAUACAAAGCUGUAGUGGAGUAAGUAUUGGUCAAAUAAUUAAAGGAGACAACCAUGUAUCUUACUUCAAAAAUGCUGAGAUAAUUACAUUAAUUUCCAUUAAAGAUGCUUUAACAACAAUAAUAUGUAAUAAUGUAGAGUUUGCGAGUAUAAUUCUAACAGGGAAUAAAGAGUUUUUGCAGCUUAUAUUUUUUGAUAAAAAAAAUAUACAAAAAGAACUUCAAAUUAAACAAGCUCAUUACAGAUGUCGAGAAUCUAUAGAAUGUUCUAUUUUUGUGAAUAGAUUUGAAGUUGAUGAUUACAUUUUAAAAAAUAAUUCUAUUAACACAAGAAUCUCAACAAUAGACGAUGUUGUUUCAAUAGUGCGAUUUUGUAACAAAUCAUCCGCCACUUAUUUGAGAGGAAACUAUAUAUACUCUAAUCGUUUAGAACCAAAAAAUAAUCAUGAGAUCGUAGCAAAUCUAGAAAAUAAAGGGGCUAAUAAUGAAGCUUACCGCAGGGUAGACUGUGCUUUUUUUGUAUUGGAUAGAGAUAUAUGCAUAAAUUGUAAAACAUUACGCAAUACAUUGUAUAAAAUUGAAAAACAACAUAUUGAUGGUGUUCAAUCUGUUAAAACGGCACAUGCAUCUAGAGAAAUCUUAACAGAGCUUGUUCAGGAUACACAAAAAAGAGAAUUGAUUAGAGAGCUUCAUGAUCGCUUAAAAUUAAAGUUUGAAACAGAAGAAGGGAAUAUAUCUGAGCCAUUAACUAAUAUCAUUCAUAAUGUAGUUGACGAAGGUAAAAAUAAAGAACAUGAAGACAUACCAAAUAUAAUUUUAAAGGAGCUAAUUCAGGUACAAAGCGAAAAACUAAAAGAAGUACGCAGAGGUCCGGCUGUAUACAAAGCAAUGAAAUCUAUGAUUAGAUUGCUAUUAUUAUCAACACUUAAAAGCUACAUAAAUGAGACCAAUCAACAUAUAGAGCUUUUAUGGAGUCAACGUGAAAAUAAGUAUGUUGGAUAUAUUGAUUUCGAUGAUGAAAAUGCAGAAAUUAAAGCAUUUGCAUAUUUUGCAAUUAAAACAAUGAAUAUUCAUACUCUUAACACAACUCUUUUUUCUUUGGCGGCCAAGCUCGAAUGUGUAGCAAUUCAUACUUGUGAAUCCGUUUGUGAUGGUGCAGCAGAAAAUAGAAGGCAUAUUAAGAGCUUUGAUUGGUUUGCGAUAACCUGA